GUGGAUAUAAGCCGAGCUGUUACAAAGAAAGACAUCGAUCGCGCAGAGAUACUGCCUGACUUGGUUCUGAGAGAAAAAGAGAGACGAGGUAAGUGGAUGGUACAACAGUCUAUGGUAUGCGACUCAUGUCACUUAUGGCGAACAUAACAGAACGAGAGAGUGCAUUAGCAAAAAGCCGAGAACAAAGACUAGCUGAUGAGAGAGACUAUAAACGACGAAGGAAGACUUAUAGAACCAAGAGUGGGCAAAAGAAGGCUAUUGAGAUACAACGAGACUUGGUGGAAGGAUACAUGAAUGAUCUUUCGAUAUUAUAUGAUAGACGACGAUAGUAGUGGUAGUUGUUUAUUGAUUCUUUGCUUCGUUCCUUUACUUGAAGUUGUAGAGCUUUGUAAAUACAUAAAAAUACGUUGUGAGGUCUGUCCCAAAGCGGAAGCCAAGACGAAUGACGUCCGAAUUUUCAGGCAG